AUGUCAGUUCAACAGUGGAUCACGCCCUUGAAGGGCUUGGACAGCCUGAGCCAGACCGAAGCCCCGAUGCCCACCCCGGGAGCAAAUGAGGUCCUCGUGGAGAUUCGCGCCGUGUCGCUGAACUACCGUGACGUGGAAGUCACAAAGGGCGAAUAUAAGCACCACAAGACCGCCGAACAGGAUGCCACCAUUGUGCCAUGCUCCGAUAUGUGCGGAGUGAUCACGCAGGUUGGCGCUGACGUGACAAAAUGGACCGUCGGCGAUCGUGUGCUGUCGACAUUCCUCCCCGAUCAUCAAACCGGCCAAGUCACCGAGAAGGAGCUUGGCAGAAGUCUGGGAUUGCCCCAGGACGGUGUCCUGGCUUCUCACCGCGUCUUCCCUGACUAUAGUCUGGUCAAGGCUCCCGCUUUCAUGUCGGACGAGGAAGCAGCGACUCUGCCGAUCGCAUCGGUGACCGCUUGGAUGUCGAUCAAUGGAAUGCGUCCCCUCGGACAAAGCGGUGGAAAGGAUGAAUAUAUUUUGCUGCAGGGAACUGGUGGUGUGGCUAUUGCGGGGCUCCAGAUCGCUAAGGCGGCCGGCGCUAAAGUGAUCAUCACCUCCUCGUCGGAUUCGAAAUUGGACCAAGCCAAGCAACUAGGUGCUGACUUUACAAUCAACUACCGCACUAACCCCAACUGGGAAGCCGAGGUGAUGAAGUAUACCCAGAACCACGGCGCUGAUGUUAUCCUUGAGGUCGGCGGCGCGAAGACCCUGAGGAAGAGCUUUGAUUGCAUCGCUUUCGGUGGUCUUAUCAACUGCAUCGGCUACGUGUCGGGCAAGAUGGAUGCCGACGAUGACCGUUUGAACGUCAACCUGCUGGCACUCCGUCGCACAGUGACUCUCAAGGGAAUCAUCAACGGCCCCAAGGACCGCUUCGAAGAGAUGACUCGUUUCUACGAGGACCACCAGGUCCGUCCAGUGGUUAACCGGGUGUUCUCAUUCGCUGAGUCUAAGCAAGCGUUCGAAUUCUUGGAAAGCGGCAGUCACUUUGGAAAAGUAGUCAUCAAGGUCCAAUAG